AGCCGCUAGCAGACCAUCCUGUACAUCGUGUUUGUUUGGAGUUUGACCACACAGAGCCAAGCCGAGCGGUAGACCUCACAAAAGCGAAAGGGAAUAAUGACUUGGGACACUGAAUAGCAUUAAAACCGAGAUAUUUCUCGAGGCCCUUUCACUCCGAGGAUUUGAAUUAAACUGGUGUGGUCGUGGUUAAAGCCAUGGAACCAUCACCUACCGGCAGCGCUGCCACCCAAAAACCCAGCCCCUCUCCUCCCUUCACCCUGAGGCCCAGCCUUUCCACCUCCAGCUCAUCGACAACCACAACCACACCAACCUCAGAGCGUCCUAAGCCUAAACUCACCAUGCCAACGCCACCAACUACGCCCUCAUCUUCUCCCUCCACUGCCUCCCCUCGGACUUCUCCUGGUCUUUCCUCCCGUUCUUCCUCCCUGUCCACGCCGCCUGCCUCCCCUCUCCGCCAGCCCAUCAGGAGCCCCUCUCUGGUGGGCAGAUCUCAGCUUAAUGCAGCCUCUACGGGGAAUCCCUCGACUGGAUCCACGUCUGCUGGAGCUGCUGUGAAAGCUCCACAUCCCCCACCUACACCCGAACCAGAAGAGCCGGAGGAGGAGAUUAGUUUUGAGGACCUGGAGGAGAGAGCAAAGUCAGGAGAAGCUAAAGCACAGACCAAGAUGGGGCGUUACUUCCUGGCUCUGGCAGAAGAAAGAGAUGAGGAGCUGAACAACUGUACAGCAGUCACUUGGCUCAUCCAGGCUGCUAAACAAGGACGCAAGGACGCCGUCAGACUGCUGCAGCAGUGCCUAGCCUCCAGGAAAGGCAUCACUCUGGAGAACUUUGAGGAGGUGAAGAAGCUGUGCACAGAGACGCGUUUCGAGAGAGGAGUUAGGAAAGCAGCUCUGCUGAUGUACUGGAAGUUGAACCCGGAGAGGAAGAAGACGGUGGCUGUUUCUGAAAUGUUGGAGAACGUUGAACACGUGCACACAGAGCCAGGUCAGCCAGUCUCCCCAGGACCACUAAACAGCUCCGCCAAGAAACAGAGGAGAGUCCUGGAGACUAUGGUCACCAGUGAGGCCAGCUCCCAUGUGGGUCUUGACGACUUUGUUGAGAUGACUAAGAAGUACGCUCAGGGUGUUGCACCAUCUCCAGUCAUGGCUGCAGCAGGAGGUGAUGAUGACGACGAUGACGACGAUGGGGUAGUGAAGAAUCCAGAUGAACUGCCCCUGCACCAAAAGCUGCUGAAGUUCCCGCUCUACGCUCUGCUGGAGAUCAAGGAGCACCUCAUCGACUGGGCGUCACGCGCUGGCAUGCAGUGGCUCAGCGCCCUGAUCCCCACACACCACGUCAACGCACUCAUCUUCUUCUUCAUCAUCUCCAACCUCACGAUCGAGUUCUUCAUCUUCCUCAUCCCUCUGCUGGUUUUCUACCUCUCGUUCUUCUCCAUGGUCAUCUGCACACUGCGGGUUUUUCAGAAUUCAAAAGCAUGGGAAAACUACCGGGCCCUGACAGACCUGCUGACUCACUUUGAACCCGGUCUAGAUCUGGAGCAGGCUGAGACCAACUUUGGAUGGACACACUUGGAGCCUUAUCUGUACUUCCUGCUCUCUGUGGUCUUUGUGGUUUUCUCCUUCCCUGUUGCUGAUAAAUCCUGGAUCCCCUGCUCCGAGUUGGCCGCUGUCGCUGUCUUCUUCACCGUCACUGCCUUUCUCAGCCUCCACGCCUCUGCUCAGCUCUUCGCUCGUAAAGCCCUCCUCACAGAGGUCCUCUCCGGAGCAUGCUCCCUCACGCACCUCCUGCCAGACUCCUUCUGGUUCCUCAGGAUGUUUGGGACGACGUUUGUCACUGUGCCUCUGGGGGACAUGGUGGCGCUGAACCUGGGGAUGCCAUGGCUGCUGUAUGGACACCUUUUCUAUCUCCUCUUCCGUAUGGCCCAGCUGAGAGGCUUCAAGGGCAGCUACCUGUGCCUGGUUCCCUACCUGGUUUGCUUCACCUGGUGCGAGCUCACCUUGGUGCUCCUUAAUAACGCCUCCGCGAUAGGACUCAUCCGCACCUGCGUUGGCUACUUCCUCUUCAUGUUCGCCCUGCCUAUACUCUCGCUGGGCAUGGCUGCGAUGCUCAUCAUCCAGCUGAUGCAGUGGUUUCUCGCCCUGGAGCUGACCAAGAUGGUGGUCACAAUCACAAUUUGCUUCGUGCCGGUAGUGUUGAGGCUUUGGACCCGUUUCAGCCUAAACCCCAUCGUGGUGUUCCGCUCUCUGUCGCGGAGCAGCGUCGUCAAGCUCAUCCUGGUGUGGCUCAGUGCCGUGGUGCUCUUCUGCUGGAUGUACGUCUACAGGUCGGAAGGCAUGAAAGUGUAUAACUCCACCCUGACGUGGCCCGAGUACAGCAACCUCUGCGGCCCUCAGGCCUGGAAAGAGUACAACAUGGCUCAAACUCAGAUUCUCUGCUCGCAUCUCGAAGGACAUCGCGUCACCUGGACCGGACGCUUCAAAUACGUCCGCGUGACCGACAUUGAGAAUGGGCCUCAUUCAGUAAUCAACCUGCUGCCUGUGUUCAUGGGGAACUGGAUGCGGUGCCUGUAUGGUGAGCCGUAUCCUUUGUGUGAGGAGGUGAAAAACGCCACAGCCGAGCCCGGACCUCUGCCUGCCCCGGCUCCUCCUCCAGAAGAUCCGCUCUGUAAACUUAAAAAACUGGCCAAGCACGAGUGCCACAUCAAACGCUUCGAUCGAUACAAAUUCGAAGUCACUAUGGGCAUGCCGCUGGAGAGGAAGGCCAAGAACGGGACGAUCAUAGAGGACGAGGACGCCACUAAGGACAUAGUUCUGCGAGCUAGUAACGAGUUCAAAUCUGUGCUGUUGCACUUAAAAACAGGAAGCCUGGUGGAGUUCAGCACCAUACUGGAGGGUCGUUUAGGCUCCAAGUGGCCUGUGUUUGAACUGAAAGCCAUUCACUGCAUGUCGUGCGCCGACGCCCAGGUGCCCAGUCGCAGGCAGUACAAGAUCGAACACGACUGGAGGCGGACGGCUCAACACGCCCUGCAGUUUGGAUUUGACUUCUUCUUCAACCCCUUCCUGACUGCUCAGCUGCACCCAGAGUCAGACACUGGAACAGAAACUGAGAUUGUGACACAGGAGGUGGCAUAGAGGGAGAGAGAGAUCUAGCAAACACACAUCUGGGAGAAACAAGAUGUGUGAUGAUGAUAACACUAUCUUAAGUCAGAGAAUGUGAAUGAUUGUACAACACUGUCCCGCACAGGAUCUUAUUGCAAUGCUGGCAGUAAUUUGUUCCUUAAGAGACUAGACAGAUAUUAAGGGAUAUUUAAAAAUGACAGGUUGGUGCAGUGAGUCUUUUCUUAGUCAACGGACCGCUUUAUUUCUAGCUCCACCUUGUCAGCACUGGAUCAGUGUGUUAGGUACGUCAGCAAAGGCGAAAAACACAUGAAGGAAUAGAGUCAUUUUAUGGUACCAUCCUCCUCGUCUGACUUCUGAAGCGGGCCGCUUGGUGGAAACUCCGACAUCCGUGUUGUCAGUCCUGUUUUGAAGCUGAACUCUCAGCGAGUGUGUGUUUGCAUUCUUUUAGCUUUUGAGCUAAAGUGUGUGAGAAUACAUUUAUAUAACUGAAUUAAAUUCACAAAGGUGAGAACAAGUUAAGAGUUAAUUUACUUCCUAACACUCAAGUGAGAAAGCUGUGGUAAAAUGUACAUUUCAUCUGGUUUAAGCUACAUGUGUGCUCAUCACAGGGCGCCUGUUAAUGAAGGCAUUUUGUUUGUGUUUGAUCAUUAUACAAACGAUAUGUGUGCUACACCCACUUUUUAUGAAAUAUUUGUGGCCAAAAUCAUCAGUAUUUAAAUUUGAGGCUUUUGAACUCUGUUGUGUUUGUGGCCGACAGAUGAUGGAAGAAGUUUCUAUUUUUACACUAAAGGUUGUAAAGCCGACGAUGACUAUGUAAGGGUUGCCUUUUGCUGUCGAGCUUUAAUCACUGAACAUUAUACAAUAUAUGUAUAGAAUGUAAUUCUAAGAUAGUUGAUAUAUUCAAGUGCCUUGUAAGACAUCGUCUCAGUUCAAGAAUCAUUUGGAUGAAAAUCAUGUGUUUAAUUAUUAACCUUUUAAAAAGCUCAGCUGCAUCUGUGCUUUUAUUACAGAGCAGUUGUCCAAGUUUGUCUCUGCCAUCUCUCCUCUCAUCUUCUCCUCCUCCUCCUCCUCCUCCUCCUCCUCCUCCCUUGUUCGUCUCUGUCUCUGCUGUGCAGAGAUUUAAUAUAUUGAAUAUUUGCAGUCCCAGUGUGAUGAUGUGUUUUGAGUUAGGAUGUCACUACUGUUUUCUACUGUGACCCAUAAACAUUAUGAAAAUAUG